GUGGGGGCGGAAGUGCAGUGGGCUCAGCGCCGACUGCGCGCCUCUGCCCGCGAACUCCGAACUGGCUGACAGCUGGGGACGCGGUGGCGGCCCUCGACUGGAGUCGGUUGAGUUCCUGAGGGCCCCCGGUUCUGGAAGGUUCGCCACGGAGACAAGUGAGCAGUCUGUGCCAUAGAGAUUGUCGAAGAGAACAGCGUUGUGUCCCAGUGCACAUGCUCGCAUCGCUUACCAGGAGUGCCUGAGACCCUAAGAUGUUCGGAGUGGUUUUUUCGCACAGACCCACAUAGCCUGCCCCUCAGCCACGCUGUGUGCCCUUCUGAGAACAGGCUGAUAUGCCCAAGAUAGUCCUGAAUGGUGUGACCAUAGACUUCCCUUUCCAGCCCUACAAAUGCCAACAGGAGUACAUGACCAAGGUCCUGGAAUGUCUGCAGCAGAAGGUGAAUGGCAUCCUGGAGAGCCCCACGGGCACAGGGAAGACGCUGUGCUUGCUGUGUACCACGCUGGCCUGGCGAGAGCACCUCCGAGAUGGCAUCUCUGCCCGCAAGAUUGCUGAGAGGGUGCAAGGGGAGCUUUUCCCGGAUCGGGCCUUGUCAUCCUGGGGCAACGCUGCUGCUGCUGCUGGAGACCCCAUAGCUUGCUACACGGACAUCCCAAAGAUCAUUUACGCCUCCAGGACCCACUCGCAACUCACGCAGGUCAUCAACGAGCUUCGGAACACCUCCUACCGCUCACACUGUGGGACCAUGCUGUGGCUGUUGGAGACAGCUCCUCCUGGACCCACGGUGCUCUCUCCCACCAGGCCUAAGGUGUGUGUGCUGGGCUCCCGGGAGCAGCUGUGCAUCCAUCCUGAGGUGAAGAAACAAGAGAGUAACCACAUACAGAUCCACUUGUGCCGCAAGAAGGUGGCAAGUCGCUCCUGUCAUUUCUACAACAACGUAGAAGAAAAAGGCCUGGAGCAGGAGCUGGCCAGCCCCAUCCUGGACAUCGAGGACUUGGUCAAGAGCGGAAGCAAGCACAGGGUGUGCCCUUACUACCUGUCCCGCAAUCUGAAGCAGCAAGCUGACAUCAUCUUCAUGCCGUACAAUUACUUGUUGGAUGCCAAGAGCCGCAGAGCACACAACAUUGACCUGAAGGGGACAGUCGUGAUCUUUGACGAAGCUCACAAUGUGGAGAAGAUGUGUGAAGAAUCGGCAUCCUUUGACCUGACCCCCCAUGACCUGGCUUCGGGACUGGACGUCAUAGACCAGGUGCUGGAGGAGCAGACCAAGAUGGCGCAGCAGGGCAAGCCCCACCUGGAGUUCAGCGCGGACUCCCCUAGCCCAGGGCUGAACAUGGAGCUGGAAGACAUUGCAAAACUGAAGAUGAUCCUGCUCCGCCUGGAGGGGGCCGUCGAUGCUGUUGAGCUGCCUGGAGACGACAGUGGUGUCACCAAGCCAGGGAGCUACAUCUUUGAGCUGUUUGCUGAAGCCCAGAUCACGUUUCAGACCAAGGGCUGCAUCCUGGACUCGCUGGACCAGAUCGUCCAGCACCUGGCAGGACGUGCUGGAGUGUUCACCAACACAGCCGGACUGCAGAAGCUGGCGGACAUCAUCCAGAUUGUGUUCAGUGUGGACCCCUCUGAGGGCGGCCCUGGUUCCCCGGCAGGGCUGGGGGCCUUACAGUCCUAUAAGGUGCACAUCCAUCCUGAUGCUGGUCACCGGAGGACAGCUCAGCGGUCUGAUGCCUGGAGCACCACUGCAGCCAGAAAGCGAGGGAAGGUGCUGAGCUACUGGUGCUUCAGUCCCGGCCACAGCAUGCGCGAGCUGGUCCGCCAGGGCGUCCGCUCCCUCAUCCUUACCAGCGGCACGCUGGCCCCGGUGUCCUCCUUUGCCCUGGAGAUGCAGAUCCCCUUCCCAGUCUGCCUGGAGAACCCACACAUCAUCGACAAGCACCAGAUCUGGGUGGGGAUCGUCCCCAGAGGCCCCGACGGAGCCCAGUUGAGCUCCGCGUUCGACAGACGGUUUUCUGAGGAGUGCUUAUCCUCCCUGGGGAAGGCUCUGGGCAACAUCGCCCGUGUGGUGCCCUGUGGGCUCCUGAUCUUCUUCCCUUCCUAUCCUGUCAUGGAGAAGAGCCUGGAGUUCUGGCGGGCCCGCGACUUGGCCAGGAAGAUGGAGGCGCUGAAGCCGCUGUUUGUGGAGCCCAGGAGCAAAGGCAGCUUCUCCGAGACCAUCAGUGCUUACUACGCGAGGGUUGCUGCCCCUGGGUCCACUGGCGCCACCUUCCUGGCCGUGUGCCGGGGCAAGGCCAGCGAGGGGCUGGACUUCUCAGACACGAAUGGCCGUGGUGUGAUUGUCACGGGCCUCCCGUACCCACCACGCAUGGAUCCCCGGGUUGUCCUCAAGAUGCAGUUCCUGGACGAGAUGAAGGGCCAGGGUGGGGCUGGGGGCCAGUUCCUCUCUGGGCAGGAGUGGUACCGGCAGCAGGCGUCCAGGGCGGUGAACCAGGCCAUCGGGCGAGUAAUCCGGCACCGCCAGGACUACGGGGCUGUCUUCCUCUGUGACCACAGGUUCGCCUUUGCCGACGCAAGAGCCCAACUGCCCUCCUGGGUGCGCCCCCACAUCAGGGUGUACGACAACUUCGGCCAUGUCAUCCGAGACGUGGCCCAGUUCUUCCGUGUUGCCGAGCGAACUAUGCCAGCACCAGCCCCCCGGGCUUCAGCACCCAGUGUGCGUGAAGGAGAAGAUGCUGUCAGGGAGGCCAAGUCGCCUGGCCCCUUCUUCUCCACAAGGAAAGCUAAGAGUCUGGACCUGCAUGUCCCCAGCCUGAAGCAGAGGUCCUCAGGGUCACCAGCUGCCAGGGACCCCGAGAGUAGCCUGUGUGUGGAGUAUGAGCAGGAGCCAGUUCCUGCCCGGCAGAGGCCCCGGGGGCUGCUGGCCGCCCUGGAGCACAGCGAACAGCGGGCCGGGAGCCCCGGUGAGGAGCAGGCCCACAGCUGCUCCACCCUGUCCCUCCUGUCUGAGAAGAGGCCGGCAGAAGAGCUUCGAGGAGGGAGGAAGAAGAUCCGGCUGGUCAGCCACCCGGAGGAGCCCAUGGCUGGCGCACAGACGGACAGGGCCAAGCUCUUCAUGGUGGCCGUGAAGCAGGAGCUGAGCCAAGCCAGCUUUGCCACCUUCACCCAGGCCCUGCAGGACUACAAGGGUUCCGAUGACUUCGCCGCCCUGGUCGCCUGUCUCGGCCCCCUCUUUGCUGAGGACGCCAAGAAGCACAGCUUGCUCCAAGGCUUCUACCAGUUUGUGCGGCCCCACCACAAGCAGCAGUUUGAGGAGGUCUGUAUCCAGCUAACAGGACGAGGCUGCGGCUAUCGGCCCGAGCACAGCAUUCCCCGAAGGCAGCGGGCACAGCGGGUCCCGGACCCCACUGGAAGGAUGGCGCCGGAUCCCAAGCUGACCCUGUUCAAGGCUGCAGCCCAGCAGCUGGACCCCCGAGAGCACCUGAACCAGGGCAGGCCUCACCUGUCGCCCAGGGCACCCCCUACAGGAGACCCUGGCAGCCACCCACAGUGGGGGUCUGGAGCGCCCAGAGCAGGGAAGCAGGGCCAGCGCGCCGUGAGCACCUACCUGGCUGAUGCCCGCAGGGCCCUGGGGUCUGCAGGCUGUAGCCAGCUCUUGGCAGCGCUGACAGCCUAUAAGCAAGACGACGACCUCGACAAGGUGCUGGCUGUGCUGGCCGCCCUGACCACUGCAAAGCCGGAGGACUUCCCCCUGCUGCACAGGUUCAGCAUGUUUGUGCGUCCACACCACAAGCAGCGAUUCUCACAGACAUGCACAGACCUGACCGGCCGGCCCUACCUGGGCAUGGAGCCGCCAGGACCCCAGGAGGAGAGUCUUGCCGUGCCUCCUGUGCUUACCCACGGGGCUCCCCAACCAGGCCCCUCACGGUCGGAGAAGCCCGGGAAGACCCAGAGCAAGAUCUCGUCCUUCCUUAGACAGAGGCCAGCAGGGACUGUGGGGGCGGGCGGUGAGGAUGCAGGUCCCAGCCAGUCCCCAGGACCUCCCUACGGGCCUGCAGCGUCUGAGUGGGCAAGGACCAUGAGGGCGCUGGAGGGGCCAGGCCUGUCGCUGCUGUGCCUGAUGUCAGUGCUGCCUGUCCUGCUGCUGGUGCCAGCUGUACACGGAGUGGCAGAAGCACCCACCUACCCCUGGCGGGACGCAGAGACAGGGGAGUGGCUGGUGUGCGCCCAGUGCCCCCCAGGCACCUUUGUGCAGCGGCCGUGCCGCCGAGACAGCCCCACGACGUGUGGCCCGUGUCCGCCGCGCCACUACACGCAGUUCUGGAACUACCUGGAGCGCUGCCGCUACUGCAACGUCCUCUGCGGGGAGCGUGAGGAGGAGGCACGGGCUUGCCACGCCACCCACAACCGCGCCUGCCGCUGCCGCGCCGGCUUCUUCGCGCACGCUGGUUUCUGCUUGGAGCACGCAUCGUGUCCACCUGGCGCCGGCGUGAUUGCCCCGGGCACCCCCAGCCAGAACACGCAGUGCCAGCCGUGCCCCCCAGGUACCUUCUCAGCCAGCAGCUCCAGCUCAGAACAGUGCCAGCCCCACCGCAACUGCACGGCCCUGGGCCUGGCCCUCAAUGUGCCAGGCUCUUCCUCCCAUGACACCCUGUGCACCAGCUGCACUGGCUUCCCCCUCAGCACCAGGGUACCAGGAGCUGAGGAGUGCAAGCGUGCUGUCAUCGACUUCGUGGCUUUCCAGGACAUCUCCAUCAAGAGGCUGCAGCGGCUGCUGCAGGCCCUCGAGGCCCCGGAGGGCUGGGGUCCGACACCAAGGGCGGGCCGUGCAGCCUUGCGGCUGAAGCUGCGUCGGCGGCUCACGGAGCUCCUGGAGGCGCGGGACGGGGCGCCGCUGGCACAGCUGCUGCAGGCGCUGCGCGUGGCCAGGAUGCCUGGGCUGGAGCGGAGCGUCCGUGAGCGCUUCCUCCCUGUGCACUGAUCCUGGCCCCCUUGCCCCCACUUAAUUUAUUCUACAUCUUUGGCACCCCGCUUGCACUAAAAGAGUUUUUUAAUAGAAGAAAUGAGGUUUCUUAAAGCCUA